AUGAGAAGGCGAAGUUUUGCUGAUAUUUGGAUAGUUCUGCAAUUUGCAGGCUUGAGCUGGGCCAGCUUUUCGGAGUUAAACAAUUCGGAUCCCAAGUUCAGUGGUCCCAUCAACAACUCAACAGUUCCCGUGGGACGCGAUGCCCUGCUCACGUGUAUUGUCCACGACCUGGUUAGCUUCAAGGUGGCCUGGUUGCGGGUGGACACGCAGACCAUUCUGAGCAUCCAGAACCAUGUAAUCACCAAGAAUCAUCGGAUUGCCAUCUCGCACACGGAGCAUCGCAUCUGGCAGCUGAGAAUACGCGAUGUCCAGGAAUCGGAUCGCGGAUGGUACAUGUGCCAAAUCAACACAGAUCCUAUGAAGAGUCAGAUGGGUUAUUUGGAUGUGGUGGUGCCACCGGACAUCGUUGAUUACCAGACCAGUCAGGAUGUGGUCCGUGCCACGGGUCAGAAUGUGACGCUCACUUGCAGUGCGACGGGUGUUCCCCUGCCCACUAUUACCUGGCGUCGUGAGGAAUCAACUCCCCUCCUCCUUUCCGAGGAUUCCGCCGAUCAGGAGGUCUACAGCGUCGAGGGGCAGAAUCUCAGCUUGUGGCAAGUCCAGCGUGCUCACAUGGCAUACCUAUGCAUCGCCUCCAAUGGAGUGCCUCCCACAGUCAGCAAGCGCGUCAUGCUGGUGGUGAACUUUGCGCCCACCAUCUGGACUCGUUACGAUACCAUCUACGUGGGUCUGGGUCAAAAGCUUACUUUAGAAUGCAUCACCGAGUCCCAGCCAGCAUCUGUGAACUUUUGGCUAAAGGACUCUGAACUGCUGCCAGGAGGUUCCUAUGAAUCCGUCACAGUAGAUUAUGUCCAUCGGAUUGUGAUGCGGAUCACACUGCGUCCAAUAACAAAGAGGGAUUUCGGGGAGUACAAAUGCAGAGCCAAGAAUGCGAUGGGACAGACAGAUAAGAUAAUCACAGUGCAUCGUAUCCAAAAACAUGGUCAGCAUUCCCAUCAGACCUCCUCCCGCGAGAGCCAGUUCAUUGUUAUUGAAGAAUACAUAGCAAAUGCGGCUGAUAUGAGCUGUAAAUUCCAUCCACUUUGGAUUGUGUUUCUAUGUUUCCUCAAUAAAGUGAGCCAGCGCAGUUAA